UUACAGCGUGUACCCCUCAGCUGGGCAGAGCCAGUGUGCGGGGGUGGAGUAGCAGGGCUAAGACUCAGAAGCAGCAGUUCAGACAGAGAAAACUGUCAAGAGGAGACGGAAAUAGGAACAGGAUAGGAGAACCGUUUCCCAACAGGGAAAAGACAGUUUUAGCAGAAAGCCGCGUUGAGUCCUUGAGUUAAUACCAGCCUCGUACAACUUCGAACAUUAAGAGCUAACGUACUGUUAGCAACCUAGCUAUCCUAGCAGCCGAUUAGCACUUGCUAGAAGCCAAAGCAGCUAACAUAGCCCAGUUGGUGGCAGCCUGGCUGCCAGGGAAAAGCUUCCAAGAUGAGGUUGAAAGUAGGAUUUAUUCUACGGAGUUUGCUUGUCAUUGGGACGUUUCUCGGCUUGGUGGUGCUCUGGUCCUCUCUGUCGCCGAAACUCAACGAUGAGAAUCCUUUUGGAAAAGGGGAGGACACUUUGCUGCCCAAAGGAGACCUAGCUGAUCAGUUUAAGCCUGUAGUGCCUUGGCCUCAUGUGGAAGGGGUGGAAGUCGACCUCAACUCCAUCAGACUCCAGCAUGGAAGGCCCAAUCACGCCCAAGACUUUAACCAGCAGCCCAACCAGAGGCAGGUAAUCCAGCAGCAGUAUGUCACAUUUAGACCUCACACUCAUGCCUAUGCCAGCCCUGUCCUGAAGAAAGGCGUCCUGGGAAACUUUGAGCCGAAGGAACCCGAACCACCAGGGGUUCCCGGUGGUCCUGGAGAGGGAGCCAAGCCAUUUGUUCUGGGCCCAGAGUACAAAGACUCCAUCCAGGCUUCCAUCAAAGAGUUUGGGUUCAACAUGGUAGCAAGUGAUAUGAUUUCACUGGAUAGAACGAUCAGUGACAUACGCCAUGAAGAGUGUAAGUAUUGGCAUUAUGAUGACAGACUGAUGACGUCCAGUGUGGUGAUAGUCUUUCAUAAUGAAGGCUGGUCUACACUGAUGAGAACCGUCCACAGUGUCAUCAAGAGGACUCCUAGGAAAUACCUUGCUGAGAUUGUCAUGAUUGAUGACUUCAGCAACAAAGUCCAUCUGAAGGAACGUUUGGAAGAGUAUGUCAAGCAAUGGAACGGCCUUGUGAAACUCUUCAGAAAUGAGAAGAGAGAAGGACUUAUACAGGCCAGGAGUAUUGGAGCCAAGAAGGCUACGAAAGGACAGGUGCUGAUAUACCUGGAUGCACAUUGUGAGGUUGGAAUCAACUGGUAUGCUCCACUGGUUUCUCCUAUUUCUAAAGACAGAACGAUCUGUACAGUGCCUCUGAUCGACUCCAUCCACGGCCAGAGGUUCACCAUCGAAUCCCAGGGUGGAGGAGACAGCGAUGGUUUUGCUAGAGGGGCCUGGGAUUGGAGCAUGCUCUGGAAGAGAGUUCCUCUGGGAGACAGAGAAAAAAAACUCAGAAAAACUCAGACUGAACCAUAUAGGUCUCCAGCCAUGGCAGGAGGUCUCUUUGCUAUAGAGAGAGACUUCUUCUUUGAGCUGGGUCUGUAUGACCCAGGGCUUCAGAUAUGGGGAGGAGAGAAUUUUGAAAUAUCAUACAAGAUUUGGCAGUGUGGUGGACAACUACUCUUUGUACCAUGUUCUCGUGUCGGCCAUAUCUACAGACUUCAGGGAUGGCAAGGCAACCCCCCGCCUGCACAUGUUGGAUCGUCACCCACUUUGAAGAACUAUGUUCGUGUGGUGGAGGUUUGGUGGGAUGAAUAUAAGGACUACUUCUAUGCUAGCCGUCCUGAAACUCUCACGCUGGCCUAUGGAGACAUAGGUGAUCUUAAACGCUUCAGGGAGGAGCAUCGAUGCAAAAGUUUCCAGUGGUUCAUGGAGGAAAUAGCAUAUGACAUUCCACUGCACUACCCUCUUCCUCCUAAAAAUGUGGAGUGGGGGGAGAUUCGAGCCUUUGAGACAAGUUACUGUAUUGACAGUAUGGGACACACAAAUGGAGGAAACGUGGAAAUAGGCCCAUGCCACAGAAUGGGAGGCAACCAGUUGUUCCGUAUUAAUGAAGCCAACCAGCUGAUGCAGUAUGACCAAUGCCUGACCAGAGGAGAUAAUUCAGCUGUCAUCAUCACACACUGUGACCAGAACCAGCACACUGUAUGGAAAUACUUUAAGGAUCUCCAUCGAUUUACUCAUGUGCCAACAGGGAAAUGUCUGGACCGCUCUGACCUGCUUCACAAAGUCUUCAUAUCAGAUUGUGACACUAGCAAAACCACUCAAACAUGGGAAAUGAACAACAUAGUGGCUGUGUGAGGGAGCACAGCCGGCUUCACUUGCACUGGGAAAUGGAUCCAUACCAAUAAGUUUACAGAAAAAAGUUUUGAAAUGAGCCACGGUCAGUGCACCUCCAACAUAAUAGGGUAGUUUAACUGUUGCAUUCAGCCAAAACAUGCCUUUUUCAAAUUUGGGUUAAUAUAGUCCUGGAUUCUGCAGACACUUAGACACUCCAGAUGGGAGAAGAACAGAUUGAUAUAGAGGCUGAAAUUCUUGGUCCUCAGAGUGGAAAUGGAAACAUGUUGGGCUUUGUCUCUAUCCUGGUUUUGUUUACAAGGCGUCUUUCUAUCUGUUUUUUGGGGGGGCUCUCAGGUCUUUUCUAAACCACUACAUGGAUUUGUGAAUUUAUUACAUCAAUCAAACUAUUUAAUGGUCAUACUCUUAUUACAUCUUUUCAAUCAGCUGAUUAGCUCACUUACCAAAGAGUCCUAUUUCUUAAUGGAGGAUUUCAUUGCAUCAUUAGUGUGUUUAGCCAGGUGCAGUGGUUAUACAUACAUUAGAUGAUGCAAUGUUUUUUUUAAUUGGAUUUCAAAUACAGAACAGUCAGGUGUGAAGCAGGUCUGUUUAAAAAGCAAGAAAUGAAUAGAAAAAGGCAAGGAGAUCCACAUGUGUGAAAAUGGGGAAUCUGGCAGUGUUGAACUGGUGAUAUUGUGAUAAUGUUCACAAACAAAACUGACCAACUAUCAGUGUUCUUAUUCUUUCUGUUUUUGUAAAGAGCUGGUGGACCAGUGUUGUCAUUUCAGUGAUAUACAUCAACCUUCCUCUGGGACACAUGCUGAACAGGUUAAAAAGAACACGAAGAUUGAAUUGUAUUUGUUUUAUCUUUGCACUGAAGAGUCUGUAAAAAGCAUUUUGCAUAUAAAGAGUCACCUCUAGCUUAAAGCUAAUAAAGUAAUUUAUUAGGCAGAAUUCAAUUGAUCACAUGACAUUAAAAGCCAAACCAUGACUUAAAAAAUGACACACUCCUACAUAAAACCUUAUCGGCAUUUAUUUAUUACCCCAUUUCUUAGACCAGUUUUCAUUCUUCCAUGUCUGAAAGCACCUAUACUAUAAUAUGCCGCACAACAGCACAAGUAAAAGUAACACAUGCACUUUGUUUCCAUUCGCCUUUUUCAUUUAUUUUCAGAAACUUCUACAGACAUUGAGAUGCUUCAGUGAACUGAUGGUCUGCCUGCCCUAUGACAGACUUGACUGUUUCAGUAGCUGACCAGUUUACUGUGACCUAGUAACACUGUCUGAAUGGGGAAAAAAAAAAAAACAAGUUGUUGGUUUAGGAAGGAUACCUAUGAGAAAUAAAUAACUUCUGGUGGGGAAAACAGCAAAUGAAAUAAUGAAAACGCGACUGCUGUUUGCUUGUUGGGAAAGAGGGUUAAGUGUAUUGGUCGUAAUGUAUGCAAUAUUUUGUAUAAUGUAAAUAGACUAAUUUCUAAAAAUGAUCAUGUUGCAUUUUCUGAAGGGCCUUGAAUGAUGUAAAUAUCUAACUUAUAGCAGAGAUUUAAUAAUAUGAUUUGAGGGAAUAAAAGAGCAGUUUUUUACAACUA